UGUCCGGUAUCCUGUGGUGUUGGCUGAAGGAGUGGAGGGACCUCUCCUGCUCAAGUGGCUAUUGAGGAUAAAGCGAAGACAUCCGGGAUAAAGACGGCCUGUCAGAAAGAACGCUAUCCCUACUUCUUUAAACAUCUUUACCUGGCGGGUCCGUGCGGCUUCAUGCUGUGUUACAGCGAAGACGUCUGAGCGUGUCGGCUGGUGUGCUGCGCCAGGUGUCGGCCACAAAGGGGGAAAAUGCCUUCUUUCUCACGGAGGGUUUGGCAACUUGUGUUGCUUCUCUUCCCUUCCACUGUGACUGCAGAAGAGUCUUCACUGCUGGACGGCUGGCACGAUGUCUGGCUCUUCCGUUUCCUUAUCAACAUGCUUGGAUACUCCACGAUCAUCAUCCCUGGCUACCUCCUCAUUAGCUACUUCAAACGUACCAAUUACAUAGAAACAGGUAGUGGGAUUUGUUAUCCUCUCAUAAAGACCUGUGUGUUUGGGAGCGAGACCAAGACUGGUCUGUUGGACGAUGUGUCCGUUACAAGCAGAAAUGAAGGGGAUUCGGGCUCAUCAGUCAGACAGGCUGUCAAAUUAGUCUUUUGUGCUGCUGGACUUCAGGCAUCAUACCUGACGUGGGGAGUCCUGCAGGAGAGGGUGAUGACUCGUUCCUAUGGAGCCACGACCACAGAGACUGAAGGUGAGAGAUUCAAGGACUCGCAGUUCUUGGUCUUCAUGAACCGUAUCUUGGCUCUGACUGUGUCGGGCGUCUGGUGCAUCCUGUUCAAGCAACCACGCCAUGGAGCUCCCAUGUACAAGUACUCCUUUGCCUCGCUCUCCAACAUCCUGAGCAGCUGGUGCCAGUACGAGGCCCUCAAGUACAUCAGCUUCCCCACUCAAGUCCUGGCCAAGGCCUCUAAGGUUAUUCCUGUCAUGCUCAUGGGCAAGAUUGUCUCCCGUAAAAGCUAUGAAUACUGGGAAUAUUUCACUGCUAUGCUGAUCUCGGUUGGUGUCAGCAUGUUUCUGCUCUCCAGUACGACCAGCAAGCACCCAUCCACCGUCACCACCUUCAGCGGGAUCGUCAUCCUCGUCGGCUACAUCGUCUUCGACAGCUUCACCUCCAACUGGCAGGACAAUCUGUUCAAGUACAAGAUGUCAUCGGUGCAGAUGAUGUUUGGUGUCAACCUGUUUUCCUGCCUCUUCACUGUUGGUUCACUGCUCGAGCAGGGCGCAUUCUUCGACUCGUUGGCCUUCAUGACACGCCACUCUGAGUUUGCCUUUCAUGCUGUGUUGCUGUCUGUGUGUUCGGCAUGCGGUCAGCUCUUCAUUUUCUACACCAUAAACCAGUUUGGUGCUGCUGUCUUCACCAUCAUAAUGACCCUACGGCAGGCCAUUGCCAUUCUGCUUUCUUGUUUCCUUUAUGGUCAUGCCGUCACGUUAGUAGGUGGCUUUGGCGUCGCUGUAGUUUUCCUGGCACUUUUCCUACGAGUGUAUGCACGUAGCCGCAUGAAGUCCGGCCGGCGGGCAGCGCAGCCGCUCGCACAAAAGGUGUAGUACUCCAAAGUCGCACUAAACUGAGAACUGAGACCACGUUUUUGUGGUGCUAUUUGUCUAUUUGUUGUGUAUCUAUUUUUGUUACUGUUCUUUUCCGUUGGUUUUUAUUUUUUUAGCUAUGGUACAGAAAGGGAUUCUUCACUUUUGACUCUUACACCAAGAUGUCCUCAAGGGGUCCAUGUGAUGUCAGUUCACAGAAGUUUUGAGUGCCUGUGUAAGAUUGUCAAAUAUACAAAAAAACAGCAAACUGCCUCUUAAGCCCUUUCACAAUUUGACAGUAGAAUAUUUUUUCUUAAACCACCAUAUGUGGCAUGUGCAGCCAGUUUAAAGUUAUUGUGACCCUGACAAAUGGAUGUGAGAUGUAUGGCUCAGCAUUGUUUUUGAAGCGUUACUAACACUGUCCCCUAUUCUACUUUAUCCAAGCUGUUUAAACUAGGUGGUCACCUUCCAUAAUGACACUGUUUGUCUGUUGAUUUAACUUUUGGUCACAGUAGCCACGCAUUUAUCUCACUAUCCCUCAAUGUUGGAGAGCCAGGGCCUUUAUAUGUCUUAAGCUGUUAGCAUAGUUUGAACAUAUAAUUCAUACAUUUUUGUAGUUAAUAAGAUAUAUUAACAUGUUCCAGCAGCUGCCAUCACUAUAGUGGGGGUAAACUGUAUUUUGCAUAAUAAAAUGCACACUAUUUACAAACUGUAUAAUUUUCCCCUAAGAUCACUGAACAAGUUGCUGUGGGGGAUUCUUUUUCACCGUAAUAUUUCAGGAUUGUUUUUCACAGAUUUUAGUUACUGUUUUAAAAUCUUGGCUUAAACAAUACAUAAAUAAUUUAAAAUAAAUUCCAUGGAUAUCGCUACCAUUGUUCUGUAUGUAUACUAAAAAACAUCUGGUGUUAGUAUACAGCCCUCAGCAUGUGAAGGGGAGACAAAGUGGCUCAGAUUGCUCAACACAAGUUUUCCAAUAAAUCUGGCGCUAUCUCAGUAUCAAUAUCUUUCUCCAGAAUUGCAGGCUCCACCUUUAAGUCACUGUUUAUUUCCAAGCAACGCGUCUUUUGUUGUAUACUUUUGUAAAAGGACUGCUUCAUGUGAUUCAUGUUUGUUAAAAAAAACAAAAAAAAAAAACUGAAUGGAUGAUGUUGAUGCCCCAUUGCUGUUGCAAGGAUGUGAAGUUGCUGUUUUCAGAACAGAAUGCCUACAAGGGACAUGCAGUGUUAUUGGUACCUUGUUUAUAUCAUUCUCUUUCCUCUGGUAACUGGAUUAGUAAUAAAACCUAUUAAAUUAACUGAACACUAUCAAA